ACAAAAAUUCAAUGAUUCUGAUCCCGUUAUAAACUAUAGGUCUAAGUUUGUAACGGAGGUCUAAAGAGCUUUAACAAGUUUAAAUUGUCAAUAGCUGAUCAGCUAAUGUUAAUUUCUUAAAUGCGCUCAAAAAACUCUACAUCAAUUUUUGAAAAACAAAUAUUUGCAAUAUAUUCAGUAUUGAUGAAAGGUUUAAAGGCGUUAGUCAUGUUUGAUUCAGUUAAAAACAAAUUUUUAUUUUGUCUUCCUUUAUUGGGAGGAUGUUUCUUCAUUGGAGCAGCUAGUUCUUUCUUUGGGGCAUUCUUUUUGGUAUUUACAUUAUACACUUUGCCAUUUGAGAGGCUUGCUCAUUGUCAAUUGUUGUCUUACACAUAUUUCACAAUAUUUCUUACAUUAUUGAUCAUUUACUAUGUCGGACUUAUUUUUGCUGGCUAUCAAACGAUGUAUGGAGUAAUAACACGAAAGCAUACAAAAAUGUUUCCUAUGUUGGCAGCUCUAAUUGUGCAUCCAAUGCUGGUAUUUCCAUACAAUUACGUUUAUGUGUUUAAUUUGAAUGUUAUUUUCUACGACAAUCAAUAUGCUAGCUAUAGGAACACAUUUCUAGCUAUAAAUGGUUAUUGCGUCUACAUUUUUGCGACAUUUUUCGCUGGUUAUUUUGCCUAUUGCAUCAUAAAUGGAAUAAGAAUGAUUGAAAGCGGACAAAAGACUAAAUCAUCACAAAACUUUAGUAUUGAAAAGAUUCUGGAGAAGCUUAACUUUAAAACAUUUUUCGGUCUGUUACCUUUAGAAACUGGAGCUUUAGUAAUUGCAACUACAUCAGUUAUUCUUGGAAUAACUUUUAUGUUUUCGCUUCGUUUUACAAGGUCUUACUUUUAUAAUAUAUAUUUGAAUAUUGCUUAUUACAUUUGCAUCAGUAUUGUUGGCAUUUUUUAUGCUGCAUUAGUAAUCGGAGGGAUUUUGAUGGCACAGGGCGUUGAAAGAAAAGAUCCCAAAAAGAUAAGGCCACUUAUGGUUGCUUUAUUCAUUCAACCUGCAUUGACGCUGUUUUUCUAUGGAGCUUAUGGCAUUACUAGUAAUUAUCAGAUUGACUAUGAUAUGGCAACAGUAUAUGCAAUCUUGACUAUUCUUGAUGUUUACUUUGGAUUCUGCAUAAAAAAUCUGCUCAAAGCUGGAUAUGAACCAGAAGUUGUUAAUCACAUUUCAUACGAAAGAAUUGAAAAUUUAGAUGAUGUAACAUUUGAUGUUUCUAUGUUGACCUGAUUACGUUGUAAAUUGGCAUUUUAAUGAAAUAUAACAUAAUUAACUUAAAAUUGAAUAAUUUUGUUGUUUGUAGUAAAAGAAAUUUUCAACACUAGGUUUAACUCAAACCUAGCUUCUCCUUGCCUUUACUGUUUAUAGAAAUUCAUCAUAAAUGAAAAUUAAUUUAGUAAAUCACUGAUUUUUGUUUUUGUCUUUCUUGGAAAAAGAAAAUAAUCUUAUAUCUUAAUGGGGUUGAUCUGAUUAUAAUGUUAAUCAUUAAAUUUUAAGGGUCAAAGUUAAGUUGUUCAAUCGACCAUAAAUCUAGG